GACAGACGCUUGCGCCGUGCUGUUCGUUCUGUGAAAGUACAGUUCUUUCACUCACGUAAACCUUUGCUUUGUAAUAUUGUGUACGUUCGAAACAGCGUGUAGAAGUGUUUAUGUUUUGUGUAAAAUAUAUUUCAAGGAAGAGACAUUAGAACGAGUAGAGCUGUAUAUUAGUUAGCAACAGCCGUCCGCUGAAGGGAACAUCGAAAUAGUUUUAUUCGUAUCCUUUCUGCUUCAUGUUCCAUCAUGAGUGACUAUUCAGCGGUUGCGCCGCCUCAAAAUUUUAGCCAAAGCUCCGCUUUCGCUGCGGCUCUACAACGUGCGAAGCAAAUUGCAGCCAAAAUCAACCCAGCUGGUGCCCAGAAUAGUCAGGACACCAAAUUGAAACGUCCUCUGGAAGAUGGUUCAGAACCUGAAGCAAAGAAAAUGGCAUCAUUGGUAUCAGAUCCAUUAAUAGGACUUCGAGGUUCAGCAGGAAGUAAUUCAUUGGGAGAUUCGAAUAAUCAGUCGGGGCGAGGAGGCCAAGCAGGAUCUUCGGGACCGAUUGGAAAUGUAGGAGGUAUUUGUAACGAAGAUAUCAGAGUUCCCGAUAACAUGGUUGGUCUGAUCAUUGGCAGAGGUGGAGAACAAAUAACGCGAUUGCAGAGUGAAACGGGAUGUAAAAUUCAAAUGGCGCCGGAGAGCGGACUACCUGAACGUACUUGCACGUUAACUGGCUCUCGAGAAGCUGUCAACCGCGCUAAAGAGUUAGUACUGACGAUUGUGAACCAACGAAGUAGAACUGAGGGUAUUGGCGAUAUGAGCGGGGGCGGCGGUGGUGGCGGUGGCGGCGGCGGCGGAAUGAUGGGUCAUCCGGGGUUCGUUGAAAUAAUGAUCCCUGGGCCGAAGGUUGGCUUGAUCAUUGGUAAAGGAGGGGAAACGAUAAAACAACUUCAAGAAAAAUCUGGAGCUAAAAUGGUUGUGAUCCAAGAAGGUCCGUCGCAGGAACAAGAGAAACCUUUGAGGAUAACCGGUGACCCCCAAAAAGUUGAAUAUGCCAAGCAAUUAGUAUAUGAAUUGAUAGCUGAAAAAGAAAUGCAAAUGUUUCAUAGAGGUGCAAGGGCUAGCGAUAGGAGCGGCGGAAAUUAUUCGAAUGAUAAUAGUUUUAAUCAUAAUUCUGGAACCACUGACGGAGUCGAGGUACUUGUUCCGAGGGCUGCGGUGGGAGUUGUUAUUGGUAAAGGAGGAGAUAUGAUUAAAAAGAUACAGGCGGAAACUGGCGCGAGGGUUCAGUUUCAGCAAGGACGCGAAGACGGUCCCGGAGAUAGAAAAUGUAUAGUGUCCGGUAAACAUCAAGCCGUGGAGCAAGUGCGCCAACGUAUUCAAGAGCUCAUCGACAGUGUAAUGAGAAGAGAUGACGGCAGAACUAAUAUGGGGGCCAGGAGCGGUUCGCGUGGAAAUAACGGGUUUGGUAACAAUCGCAAUCCGAACGAAUACGGCGGAUGGGACAGACGUCAAGGAGGUGGUCCUAUGCAAGAUAAAAUAGAAACAACGUUCACCGUACCGUCAUCGAAAUGUGGUAUUAUUAUUGGCAAAGGCGGUGAAACUAUUAAGCAAAUAAAUCAACAAACCGGUGCACAUUGUGAACUGGAUAGAAGAAAUCAAAGUAACGAGAACGAGAAAAUUUUCAUAAUUCGUGGAAACCCCGAGCAAGUUGAACACGCGAAAAGAAUAUUUAGUGAAAAAUUAGGCAUGGCUCCUGCUAACGCGUCGUUCACUGGCACGCAAGGAGCGAUCGGAUAUAAUCCAACGUGGAACGCUGGGACAGCUUACCAAGCCUGGCCGACUCAACCACAAACUACAGACGCAGGUGCUGCGAAUCAGGCGCCUGUCCAAGUGAAUCCACAAACGGGACAGCCGGAUUAUAGUGCACAAUGGGUAGAGUAUUAUCGGUCGCUUGGUAUGCACAGAGAAGCGGACAUGAUCGAGCAGCAAGCGAAACAGGGGAAACAGGAUCACAAUCAACAAUCAGCGAACGCGCAGAAUCAAAGUAAUCCAUCGGCAGCUGGUGCUGGUGGACCGACACAACAGCAGCAACAACAAACGCAGCAGCAGCAGCAGCAGCAGCAACAGCAACAAGCCGGAGUUACGCAAAACGGUGGCCAAGCUGAUUACAGUGCACAAUGGGCGGAGUAUUAUAGAAGUAUCGGUAAAAUAAAAGAAGCCGAAGCUAUAGAGGCUCAAAUGAAAGCGGGAAAGUUGGGAAUGCCGAAUAAUCAAAUGGCUCAGCAGAUGCAGAGUAUGCAAGGUCAAUCGGGACCAGCGGCCGGGACUCCGAAUGCAUUUCCGCAAGCUUAUGGCGGAUAUCCGACGAUAAAUGCCGGCUCGACGCCGGCAGGUUAUUACGCGGCGGGUGCUGGAUCCACGGGGCAACCGCAAGCCGGCCAACAGAAUGCAUCUUUCCCUACAGGCUAUCAAAACUACCCAUACUCACAGGCAAACGCGGAAAGUUAAAUUCCCACCAGGAAAUAAAUUAGCUGUGAUAAGCAGCAGCAGCAGGUGAAAAACAGGAACGGGGGAAUCUGCAACAAUAUUAUCCACAUAUUAUGCUUCCCACUUAUCAUUAAAGAUACUAAAAUAUAUUAUCCUUAACGAUAUAUCGAUAAGAAAACCGUCUAGAUACUUAUUUCGAUAUCUUAUCUCAUUAUUUAUGUUUCACUGGCUCAUUCAUGAAACACAUUUUGCCCUUAGCGAAUUAGGAAAAAGUUUUAUAGUAUAAUAAUCGGUCGUAUAAAAGCGACCGUCAUUCGUUUCUGUUUCUAUCGCCUAUCAAUUGUUUUAUUCAUUCAUUGUGUAUGAAAGAGAAAAUAUAAUAUACGUAUGGUGGUCUACGUAAUAUGCUAUAUUAUAACAAUACUAAAUACAAUUUUACCUUGGUUC